GGAGGAGAUGGACCCUGCCCCUGCGGUGCCCUCCAGCCCCCUCUUCAGCACUGGAGCCUGCAGCGAGGGGAGCCCGACCUUCGACACCUGGUCCUGGUGGCCAACACACUCAGACGCGUGCAAGAUGAGAUGGAGCUGGCCUCUCUCUCCGUGCGGCAGCAAGGGCUGUGUGUGGAGGCGUGGCUGGAUGACAGCGGUUCUCUGCCUGGCCCUGGCCAGGGGCCUUGCUGGGAGCCUCCUGUGCUGCCACCCUCACUCAGUCCUGUGGAUCAGCUCCCUGCAAGCCUCCAGCAUGGGAUGUGCCUCUCUGUCUUCUCCAUCCUUGGAAGGACUCCCAAGACCAGCGGGAAGGGUUUCGGUGACCCCCUGUGGCCAGCCAUGGUCCAGGCUGCAGAUAGCCUGCUUGGCAAGCCGAGCCCAGAAUCUGGACAGACGGCCCCGCCAUGCCUGGCCCCUCUGGAGCUCAUGGGCCCUGGGCAGACCCUGCUACAGGAGAGCCUGGAUGGUAUCUUCUCUGAGGACAUCUAACAUCUCUCCAUCUAUGAUGCAGUGAUCUCAUGGCUCCCUGUGCAGCAAGGAGAGGCUCUGCUCUCUGGUAGCAAACUCCGAGGUGGGCAGGCAGGACUUUGCUGACUUGGACUACUUCCUCGAUGUGCUUGUGGGAACUGAGGGGUUGUGAGUACCCAGACACAGCACACCCCAAGCAUGGGAAUCUCUGUCUGGGCUGGUCCCUGGAUGAACGAUGUUCUCUGGUCCUCAGAACCCCCUUUCGGGGGUGGGUCUCAGCCUUGGGUUAGUGAAGCUGUGGCAAGUGGUGGAAUCAACCCAGCAGCAGCCUCCAUAAGAGCCGCUGGGAGCCUCCCCACAUCUUCUGUGGAGCAAUGCCAAGGACAAGGGCUGGGUCCAGCUGGGAAUGCAGCCCCCCUGACCAGUUUGGAGGGAUCUGCCAUUGUUGUUUUCCAAGGAGCUUGAGAGAGGAAGAGUCUCUUUUUUUUUAGAGGCUUGUCCUGGUAGAGUUAGUUCUCUUCUACUAACUGACCACUGGGCCAGGGUUGUUGGGCAAUAUUAUUCCUGCAAUACGUACUGGCAGAUGCCAACUCUCAUAUUUGUGUGUGUGCGUAGCAGAAGUCCAAACCAAAAACAGACCAAGUGCAGAAAUGCCUGCUGGCAGAAUUAAAACACUGAUUGAGUUACUCCAGAUAACUAAGGCGGGAAGUCUCAUGGACUGUAUCUUGAUUACCACACCAUAUAUCUCUAUUUAAGGCUUAGCCAGGCAUAUACCAUAGGAAAAUGGAUUUCUGGGAAUCCAUGGGUAACAUCCUCGCUGGGAAUGGAAGCGGGGCGCCCUUGCAUGGAGCUCCAGAGGCGGCCCCUCCCCUUCCCUACGAGGAGGCAGCCAGUCUCCUUGCUGGGAAUGGAAGCGGAGCCAGGGACAUAGGUAUAGAUUUUUAAUGGGGGGGAUCGGGGGCACCCCCUUUGGGAGUCCAUAACUUUGGACCCCCUGCACCAAACCUCACCAAACCUGGGUAGUAUCAUUACAAGAGUCUCUUAAAGAUACCCUAAAAGUUUGGUGUGCUGCUAGUCUAAUAACAAUUGCACCUCUGACAGCAGGCACCUCUCAAAUUUCCCCAGAUUCUCCUUUUAAAUCCACCCCCUUCAGGAGCUACAGAUCUUGGUCAACAGCUAUUACAGAGUGUCAAAUCAGGUUCCUGCCAAGACAGUGUAAACAAAGCAGAGUUUCACACACACUAGCAGCAAAAUUCCCCUUCCCAGGCAGAAAGCCAGAAACCUCCGGCGGGAACCUCUCAAGGUCGAAACGGACACACUCACCACAACCUUACACCACCACCCUCCCCACCCCCAUGGGAGUGCUGGGGCCUUUGAUGCCUGACUACUGAUCCCCCAAUCAGAAAGUUCGUGACUCUUCCAGUAGGUGGGGGCAAGCACA